GUGAACUACCUCUUUAAGAAGCCUUGAGCAUGUCUUACCCUGCGUGGCACAGGGGAUGCCCAGGACACAGGGAUUAGAUGCCCCCUUAAACAGAACCCCGGGGUGGUCCAUGUUUUUUAAGAGUAGUAGCACCCACCCUGGGGUAGCAGGUAACAAUGGCACUCCCCAGUGAUUUUCCCCUUCCUUCUCCUGUAAUGUGCAUGUCCUGUCUCCGAGGGAAGCAAUUUCCCUUUGGACAUUCUACUUCCUGUUCAGAAAGCUCAGGGGGACAAACUGACAUUUGCAAGAGAAACGGUUUCCCCCCGACACUGGAUGUAUAUAUCCCUCCUGUGCUACUGGUUCUGACUCCUGACACAAUGUAGAAGACGGCAGACCUGGAAGGUAUCUGUCUUCUGCUGCAUUAUUUUCAGGAGUCAGAAAGGGAUAAAUAAAUAGGCAAAAAGAAGUUUUUGGGUGCAGAUCCCCUUUAAAGAGCUCGGUAGUCUUAUCCCGGCGAGGGCAAGUAAGGGAGGGGGGGCGCUUUGGAACAGAUUAGAAGCUUGUCCUUAGCAGACCCAUGGGAGACGCAGGGCUUUAGCACCUAAUGAAUGCAUGUACAAGCCAAGCAGGGAGGGAUAGAGGAGUAUUAUGAUCUGGGAGCAGCGGCAGAGCUUGCUAAUGAUCCCGGUGCCACAAACUCAGCCGGAUCGACUUCCCACGCCUCCUUCCCGGCACCGUCUCCGUAGCGAUGGGACUGCUGAGAGCCCCCUGAACAUGAACUGCUGCUGCCAGGGGCUGCCUCACAAUGGGCACCGCUCAGCCUGGAUCUUGGUUCUGCUGGUCAUCCUUGGCUCCUGUAUGCACCCCAUAUUAAAGAGCAUUUUCUGUCACAUUCACUCUGCGAUCACCGGCAGUUACAUCUCAGGAACCCAUUCCUUGGUUUUCGUCAACUGCCCGAAUGAGCAAAUUGCAAAAGAGAUUGCCAGGGGUACCUUAGAGAAGAGAUUAGCUGCUAGUGUGAACAUCAUGCCAAGGACGCCAGUUCUCUCCAUUUGGAACGGAGAAAUCGAGGAAUCCACUGAAAUACUCCUUAUUAUAAGGUCAAAGACAUCCAUGAUGCCUGAAUUGUUUGCCUAUAUCCGGUUUGUUCACAUCUUUGAAACCCCUGAUUUUAUCAGUGUUCCAAUUGACCAAGGAAACCUGGAUUAUCUGAAGAUGAUUGAAAAUGUGAUUUCCGAGAAAUAACUAAAGGGAUGUGCGGUUGUUCUACAUGGAUACAGGAGAUGGGCUUAUAGAACACCAACCAAUAUGUUCCUCUGUCCGCUGAAACUGCAAGUUGCGCAUCAGAAAGGUCCAAGUCAGAGGUUGUUGAAUGUUUUGGUUUACGUCCACCUAAGAGGUCCAACUUUUGGUCAGGCUUCUUCCCUGAGCUCAUCAUGACAAGGCUAGAUAUAUAGGCAAGCGUUGGUGCAUCAGCCAUAGUUCCAAGAACAUCAAUUUAGCACAAUUCUCACGCCUAAGUGACCUUCAAGCUGAGCCUUCAGGGGUAUUUUUUUUUACAAAUUUCUUCCUAAGUAGACUUCAGGCUGAGCUCCAAGUUCCACGGCUUGGGAACCAUUGGUUUAGGUGUUUAUGGUGUCCAACCAUCGAUUUGAACCACUGGUUUAGGUGUUCAAGUAACAUGGACACCAGAGAAAGUAACAAUGGGGUGUCUUAAACAAGGGGUGUGGUUAGAAAUAUAAUGGGUGUGGCUAGAAGAAAAAAAAAAUCACCCAGAUUCAGUUCCUGAGUUCCCAUCUCUGUAAGUGCUGAACUUCAUUAGGUGCCUUCAAAAAUAUAAAGCAAUUGUUGCAACUUCCAACUUUGUCUGCCACUAAGAAAGAAGGAAUCAGAGCAAAAUGGAGGCACAAUACAGAGAUCCCUUUAGUAAUGCUCAUUUACUAGAUAUGUGACCAAGGCUGGAAUAUGUUUAAAUACAGGAAAUUAGCCUCAAAUUAUAAACACAAUCACAACAAGAAGGACUGGAGGUGGGGGUUCCAAGUUAUAUAAUCUUUAGGCAAAUAUUCUGAACUAAACUGAAUUUUAAAAAUGUGUUUUGAUUUAAUAUUUAAUUACAAAGACUAUGCAAAUUUUGUUUUCUAGGAUUCUAAAAUAAAUGUUCUUACCAGGUUUA